CACCCUCCGACUCGAUUCGGUCGUUGUUUGCUGCCUCCAUAUCGCUCUUGGCCGCGUGGCGAAGACGAUCGUGUAUCCCUUAUUUCGUUUUAUUCAACGACUCGUGAAUUUUUCUCCAUUUUCAUGAAAAUCUUGGCGAAAACCGGGGGCAUUACUCAAGCAAUACAAUCAAGAAAGUAUCUGUUUUCGAAUCGACGGAUCGAUCGUACAGUAAAAUAUAUAUCACGUAUACAUGAGAGAGGCAGAAAAGGAGGAAGAAGUCUGAGACUGAAUAAAGAAGCAGUGUGCCAUUCUGUUCCCAUGAACCUGUCGUUCGAGCAGUGAGGGGAAGUUCUGGUGGUGGUGGUGGUGGUGGUUGCGGUAAAACGUGUCCACGAACCUUCCUCUCCUUCUUCGCUCCCUCCACGAGCCGGUACAACAAGACGUUGACGACCAGGGUGAAUAAAAGAGCCGUCUAUAUACCGCCCUAAGUUCAUUCUCGUUCAACAUCUGGCAAUUUUCGAUUUUUCUAAAUCUAGUUGCUUUCCUACUUUUCUCUGGCUGCCCGUGGAAAGGUGGAACGUGCGGAGAUAUGCGCGUGCUAUCGAUUACACGGGCCGAUCGCGCGGAUAUGUGAUACCGGAAGUAGGUACGGCAGGCUUGACCUGCGUGCAGGUGCUCCACGGUGCGUACCACGUAUGCGUACAUACAUAGGGGUGAGCAACGACAGAGAAGAGAAGGGUGAGCGAGAAGAGGCCGCGUGUCAGGGCCAGUCGUGAAGAUGCACGCCACCGACGCCGUCGCCGCGACGGCGUCCCUGCCGUCAUCCACGUCCUGCGUGACUGCCUCGAGGAAGCCUGGCUAUGCGGUCAAUCUCAUCCUCGUCCUGUUCGUCUCCUGCUGGAUCGUGCAGGAUCGAAUGGUCUUCGGCAUGUCCGAACCACCCGAACUUACCACGAUCGAGGAUUUAACCGGCAGAGGGACGAAAAAAUUCGGCGACCAUUGCAUGGAGGAUCUCGACUGUGGUUUUGCCGGCUCUUACUGCGAACCAAAGAAGAACAAAUGCACGUGCAGGGAAGAAUUCGAAGCAACGAAUCAUAUCGACAAAUGUGGACACCCGGUGAACGUGAACGAGUCGUGCUUCUUCCACGAGCAAUGCGAAGCGAGGGUGAUACAAACGGAGUGCAGAGACGGACGUUGCAUUUGCAUCUUCGAGAAGAUCCCGGUUACCCAAUCUGAUGGCUCGAUUGUAUGCGUCGCCGAGCACAUCGAGGAACCCAAUCUCCAAUAUAUCGAUCCGACGAUGAUCGGUGUUCUCGUUGGUAUGGCCCUCAUGUUCAUCAUCAUCUGCGUCGUCCUUAGGCUUUUCAGCAAGGCUCGCUGGCGUGAGAACCGUACCAUCUUCAAUACACCGAACGCCCGUCUGAUGAACGUGUCGUUACUGAGAGAGAACAAGCUCCUGCACGCGCAGGAAAGACGCGGUUCAAGGGCGAGCGUACGGGCACCCUCGAGGCAACCCUCGCUGGCCUCCUUACACGCCCACUCGCCGAACGCCUCGCAAGGUGCGAAACACUCUCAGCACUCACAGCACAGAGUGAGCCGUUCACGAACAGGAUCACGACGUGGAAGUCGCAGCAGCAGUGGAAACGCGUCGGCCGUCUCGACAAAAUCGAAUAAGUCCCCACCGAAUCAACCGAGCAACAUGACGGAAACCGUAUUGGAAAACGUCACCGUAGAAAUUCUCGAUGCCAAGACGUAGAUCCGCUGGAGAACGGCAGCACAGCCCUCACGAUCAUCGUUGCCACGCCAUUUUCCUUCCAACGACGAUCGCGAGGUCGCCCGCAAGGAAAAGAUCGUCUUCGAAGCGACUUAAGCAAUCUCUUUUUCAGAACGUACAAAACUGUUAUCCUAUUCACAUUUCUAAAAUCUAUUUUCUAUUUCCUCUUUUUUAUUCGACACGAAUAAGAUUCGCUCGUUUGCGUCUUACGUCUGCUGCUUUGGUACAAAAUUGUAAAAUUGUUUAUUAACGUGCGUUUGCAUACUAGACAUUCGUUGUUAUUAUCGAUCAUGAAACAAAGUUCAAAGGUAAUAUCAAAGUUAUAUAUAAUUUGAGAAAUUCAGAGAAUGUGGGAAACGAUAUUGUGAUUUUUACUAAUUGCGAGAUAAUCAUUGUUUAAUUUCGGUUUGAGAAUGAUCGAGUUUGUAUUUGCGAUUUUGAUAAAGCUAGACAAACGUAACUUAUGGUAUCGUUAAGAAGGGUUCAACGUUCGAAACAUUUUGCAUAAAGAAACGCGGAUAAUCGCGUCGAAUUUGCCGUAGAAUCUUAUCAAGGAUCUUAUCGAGUCACGUUUGAAGUACCGCGAGCAAAUUCUCGCAAAUAAAUUCUCAUAGGUCGUUUAGAUUUUGUUGCAUUUAAGAAAGAAGGCAGGAAAUUUAGGGAAGAAACAUAAUUCUUUUCUACGAGUAAAGAGGGAAGCUUAGCCUCGCGAUUCGUGAUUCUAUUCGUGAGACGAAGCUUCCUCGUUUUCGGUCUAUUCGUUUGCUAUUGGUUCGCGUUACAGACGGGUCAACAAAAUCUGAAGGCGGAACAUAGCAAAGACGAUGGAAAUCUCGUGUUUCCACGUCACUCGUCCAGGAAAUACGGAGCUUUACGUCGAUUUGCGAUGUUUUUCGAUGUUUGGACCAAACGAAAACGUACGUUUCGCCAUUAAUAUGGUCACUUAUGCUAAAAAGAUUCAUCGCUUUCAAGCUAAACACUCUCUAGCCGAUAGAAACGAAUUCGUAUUUUAUAAACGACACUGUCGAAUCUAGUAACACUCGACGCGUUGGUCGAUCUUUCUAACAAAGUUGUAAACGCCAACUAUCGUUUUAGACGAACGCUAAAAAAAAGGCGAUCCAUCGACGAUCGCAAAACAACAAUCAGCCAAAGUCGAUACAGAUCGGCUCGUCCGUGAGAGAUAAUCUUCGUAUCCAUCGCGUUCUGUCUUUUAUCUCUACUAUCCUAUUGUAUUGUGUAUUUUUAAUAUUACACCAGCAUACAAAGUACUCGAUUUUUUCAACGUGAAAUAUGACCUUAUGGCAUAUGCACACUCACAUACACACACACACAUUAACUUUACGUUUUACGAUCCACAGCGGAUAGUUCCUCGAGUAAUCGAAAUCUUAACUAGAGCUAAAAGAUGGAACUCCGGUGUCGUAGUAGCUGCGCUUUAUCGUAUGUAGGUAUUUCAAAUCGUCAGCUGGUCUGAUACAAAAUCGAUACGUGUUAUUAUUGUACGAAGGAAUCGAGAAGGUGUCUGCUGCGGGAAACGCGAGAUUAUUAUCGAUGACAAGAGGAUCGCCUGUGGAAGACUUCCUGGCAGAUCCUUUCUGUGAAUUACGUAUUCCCAACACAAGAUAUCGACUGACGAAGUACCGAUCGUUUAUACCAGAAGAAAGAUAGCAAUCUUUUCUGGUUUUUCUUUUCGAGAAGCCAACACGAAUGGGACCAGACGAAAAGUGUUUGAACCGACAUCGUGGGGGUAACGCUACGCAUACUUUCUUAUAUACAUAGCGUAGCGAACCAAUUAAGCCGCGUGAUAUUUAAGCACACCAUCGAGCAGAAAUCUAUCUGUUUCUUGAUAAACAUGUUUAAAGUAAGGAUUAACAAGAAAUCGUGCGCGAUCAUGUUCGUUACGCGUAACAGGAAACGAAGAUAACGGUACUUACAUGUACGUAUUAUAUACAUGGGGGUUACACGUAAGCUCGGCACGGUCGUUUCUCAUCGCCGUGAGAUUCGUAGGCGUUACACCCGUUCACCCACGAUCGAUUGUUCGUCCGACUUAUCCUUAUCCCUUAUCGCUUCUUAUCGAGCGCUCCAUAAGAUUUACUUUCACAUGCUUCUGAACUUUGAGAACGUGUCUUACUCGAUCCACUCUAUAGCCGCCUGCCUCGUGAGACAAGCUCUAUUCGUUGCUCGAGAAAGAACAUUCGUCAAAAAUGAUAGUAAAAGAACGGUUCACGUGUUAAAAAAUUUGAAAGGAUUAAUUUUUUCGCGUCAACUGUUAGUAAGUUUACUAUAAGAACAAAGAGAUUGAAAAAGAAUAGAAUGGACGAAAGCACCUCGAGAGGCUUCACCUUAGAUAGAACACGACCAAACACAAAUUGUAUGCGUUUAUACGAUUGUAUUAGUUUAUUAUUAAUUGCACCAAACCUCAUUAUCGAAAGCUAGCAUCGAUUCACGAUGAUACUUUAUACACGUACAGACACGUUAUAUCGAUAUAUCUACACACAUACACACAUUGAAAUCAUCUUUUUUUCUUCCCGAGUAAGUAAUGAGAAUCAUCGAUAGUCCGGUACGAUUGUAUCUCAACAAUUUAGUGCCUGCGCUCUCGCGUACAUAGUACAUAUUUACAUAUUAAAAACAGAUGAGAGUAAUUAAAUAAAUGAAUAAAUAUAUAUAAAUCUAUAUAUAUAUACCAAUAUAAAAGAAGAAGAAAAUUAUAUAUACAUAUAUAAUACUAGGCUUGGCACUAUUUGCACUAUUUGUAGAUUAAUUUUUUGAACGCCUAGCGACUGUAUCCACUCUGUGAUCUAUGUGCAACGUAUAGCUAACAUUCUUCUUGCUAUCGUCAUUGUUAUAUUAUUGUUAAUUAUUAUGAUUAUCAUUAUUCUUAACAUUUACAGAAGAUAAUUCAUAGAUAUUAUAUAAUAUCGUGUAAGCUCGACUCGCUUAGUUAUUAUCGACCCCGCACCUAAAAUGUACUCUUGUCUUCUGCACACAUAACGAUCAAUUUGUAUAGCACCCUCGUCGUAAAGUAUCAACUAAAUUUAGGGAUGUCUUUUUAACGAUUAACGCUAUCUUAAAUCGAUCAUUUAACGAUCAUCGAUAAUGGUAACCGAGAUUGCGCGAUUUAAGCGAUAAUUGAAUUAACGAGCGUAUGUGAUAUUCGUGGAGGAUUUAGAAUGGAAUGUAAAAGUUUAAAAACAAAAUUAAAAAAAAAAUGAUAAAAAUAUGAGAAAAAAAUAUGAGAAAAAAUACGUAAAAAAAGCAGACAAAAUAAGAAAGAAUGCAGCUGCGUUUUGUGAACAAGAGAGACGAGCAAACGUUUAUUAGAUAAGGAUUUAAGAGGAUAACGAGGAGGGAUCGAUCUGAUCCGCAAACGAAAUUCGGGGAAGGUUUCAGUUUUCGGAUAGAACGUACCCUCCAGUGUUCCAUAUCUAAUUAAGUAACCGAGACUCGAUAUAUCGCGACGAAAUGUCCAUUGAAACAAUCUUUGAUUUACAAUACAGCUCUGUGGAAAGUAAUCGUUCGCUUGUAAGGAUAUCUCUAGUAUAAUAAUUAACGCGAUUUAGAGCAGUAUCGAUUAAGAUGCUUUUCUCGAGUCGUUAGUUUCCCUCCGCUUUUAUGAUAACGAAAACAAAACAAAGGAAAAUUAACGAAGAGACAAGCAGUGUGCCUCGUCUUUGUCACACAAAGACACUCGCUCACUUUUAUAAAAUCUCUUGUAUCAUAAAAUGAUGAAAUAUUCCGCUCUUCAUCGCGCCCUCCGAUCCAGAGAAACGUUUCCUACAUAGGAAGAGUAAACAAUUUUACUCUGUUUCUCGUAUAAUCGUCGAUAACGAUCCAAGAUAUGGAAACUUACGACUAAUUAACGUCUUAUCCCCUUCUUUUGUCGUUAAAUUCUCUUCUUCCUUCGUAUUCUCCUUCCGAAUACCUAACGAUCAAUCAAAUCGUUGAUUCGUCUCAAUUCAUUUAUCACAGUCGAUCGUUUCGAUCUAUUCCAACAAGAAAUCUUCGUUCCUUUGAGAAACAUACCUUUCGAUGUUAUAUAGAUUCGUGAAACGACUAUAUAAGGAACUUCGAAUCAGGGACAUCAAACUUAAGGAUACAGAGGAAGAGAAACAGGAAUCGUUCGGUAAAUUGUCCAGUACCAUCGAUCAUGGGACAGCAAGUCCGUACUUCUUGUAAAGAAGAUCGCUUAAGAAUCCUCUUGUGAUCCUGAAUCGAUUUUUAAUAAUAGGAUCGUCCGAGAGAUCAAGGCAAGCUGUUGUUCCCUGAACUGUCACAGUUUAUAGAUACAUGAAGAACGAUACUGUAAUUCAAAUAUGGGGAAGUGUUUGGAUUACUUCUCGUUCUCGUGAGACUAUGUUAUUCCGAAAAAAUCGGUUUUUCAUGCCCAAGCGAACUCUCUGUGACGAUACCAACUACAUAAGUACUUGUAUAUGUACUCAUUACUAUUCAAGUAAAUCACCUUAUAAAGUUCAACCAGUGACCACUUUUGAUAUCUUUGUGGAUAACUCGAUCGACGACGCUAUUUUCUUCCGCGUUCGUCACGUUCAAUAGAAACUAACGAAACACUUUGAUAAACCGGAAGACGCAACAAGAAACACAAGAAACCGACAAUUCUUACUGACAACGAUGGAACAUCCCUAAAUCAAAAAAUUAGACAAUACCUUUGUCGAUACUGAAUCCGAAUCAAAUUGAUCAGAGAUGAAAAGGUCGAAAUGAAAGAUCGUCUGUCCGCGAGGAACUAUCUUCGUCAGUGCUUUGUCGAAAUACAAUAUACAUGCAUAUGUAAUAAAUAUAUAAAACGUCCUUAGGAAACGAUCUUUCAGCCGAGACUUUCGUGAUUUUGUAAAAAUUUCUUGUUACACAGCCUUGCCUGCGUAACCCUUUCGUAUCCAAUACAAUUUAUCUGAUUGUAUUAUAAACGACCGUUCAAUGAAUAUCGUUAAGGUCCAGUAUUCAUUUCUUCUGAACAUUAGUAAUAUUAUUGUAACGAAUUAAUGUAAUCAUCGGCACCGCCUGCUUUUAAGGGACUACGUAGCGUGUACACACGUUUGAGCUUCUGUAGAAUUACAUAUAUUAAGGAUAAGCUUAGAAGUUUCGUCUGAUCGCAUUUUGUGCUUAAAUUCAAUGAUCCGUCUCUUAAUGUUCGAUUACUAUGAUCGUUGGACGGUUCGCGAUGAAGAAAUGUUGUGAUUCGAUUUAGAGUAAAUAACGUAAAAAAAAAAAAAAAGAAAAAGAAAGAAUUAUUAUAUACUCGUCUCGAGAUAUUUAUAUACAUAUGGUAUACAAA